AUGCAAAAUAAUAAUAAUAACAAAAUUAUAGGAGAAAAGAUACCAACAUCAUCCUCAUCCACAUCUCCAAAUAAUAAAAUAACUACAACACCUCACAUAAAUAGUAUAUAUCCACCAUCGGUCAAACCUAGUAUCUCAAAUAAUAGUAAUAAUGAUAAUAUAAUAAAAGAAAAUCAAGAAACAAAUAAUAAUGAAUUAAAAGAAAAUAAUAGUAAAAAUAAUAAUUUUAGUAAUAAUAAUAAUAAUAAUGAACUAGAAAAAGAAAGUAAAUUAAAAGAAAAAUUAAACGGAAUUAAUAAUUUACCACAACCAAAAAGAGAUGAAUUGUAUUGGUGCUGGACACUAAAAGAGUAUAUUAGACUGGGCCAUAUCAAAAGUUUAUUUAGAAUUUUAAAAAUUAUAGAGUUUCAAAGCCCAUAUUUUUAUAUAAAUGAUUUUUUAUUAGAAUCUCCAAAAACACAACCAUCAUCCAAUAAUAAUAGUAAUAAUAGUACCAAGUUUGUUUAUCAAUUUAAUUCUAAACCAGUUUUAGAUAAAAGAAGAUUAUCAUUCCCAUAUUUAUACAUUCCAAAUUUAUUAAGACAAAGAAGUGACUUACUACAAUGCUUUAAUAAAUCAUUAUCAAUUAGUAAUAUAUUAUAUACUUUAAGUUCAGGUAACAUUGACUCAUUGGUAUUGCCAAAUUAUUUACCAAUACCAAAAUCAUUACCAAUUGUACCAUAUUUAUUAAUAAUAGUUUAUUUUAAACUAUGUUUAUCAAAAGGAGAGAAUGCAAGAUCCAUUAUAGACUCUUUGUUAGAAUGCAGGCAAAAAAUCCACAUGUUACCAAGUUAUGAAUAUUCAGAUUUACCACCUGUCGAAAUUUUAUUAGAUAAUAUUAUGCAUGUUACUUUAAGAUUCAUAGAUUGGAAUUAUGAAAACCCAAUGAAACUUAUACCAACAGAAGUCUAUUUUAACGAGGUUUUCGAAGUAGUUUAUUUAAAUGGCCGUGAUUUCUUAACUUCAAGUAGUGGCAGCCAACAAAUUCAACCACAACAGCAACAACCACCACAACUAACAGCUGAACAACAACGUAUCCAAAUAAUUCAACAAUUACAAAAAUCUCAAGCAAAAAUAAGUCAACAGCAAUUACAACAAUUACAACAACUAACACCACAACAGCAAAUUCAGCAAUUACAAAGCCUUCAACAACAGCAACAAAAAAUACAGCAACAACAACAACAACAACAACAACAAACACCACCAAAUACCCCAAUGGCACCAAUGGUUAAGCAAGAAAGACUUCAAAAGAAUUUAUUAAAUAAUGGUUCAAUUUUAUCAAUGUUAACUAUACCAAGUGAUGAACAAAAAUUCAAAAUGAUUGAUAUUUAUUUGGCAGAUAGCAGAAAAAUUGUAUUCUUAAAUAUAGGCUCAUUGGCAUCAAUUCAAAAGAGGGGAAAUAUUAAAUUAUCUACAUGGUCCGAAGAAAAUAUAAACACCUUAAUAAAUUGUUGUAGAUUUUAUUUAGAUAUAAUAAGCAAUAAUAUUAAAGGCUCUGUUGGUGUACAGAUUAAUGGUGGCCGUCCUCAAGCAAAUAUUGAAGCCUCAACUCAAGAUGAUACAAUGACAAUUUUAGAUUGCUGUAUGAGAUUGGCAUUUUCAUGGGCAACUAUUUGUUCAGGUAUACUACCAAACACAUCAGAAAAGUAUACCGAUCUAGAAUCAUGUUGGUGGAAUAUCGAGCCAGAGAGACUACAAUCAGUUUUAAGGGAUUGGAUUGGGGUAAUCAAGAGAAUAUUAAUUGAAAUUAAAACACCAAAUUCAGAUAAACUUCAUUUGGUAUGUUUGGUAUGGUUAGCUUCUACAAUAUCGUUGUUUGACGAAGAUGACGAACAAUAUAAAAUUCAACAGCAGUCACAACAACAACCACCAUUCCAGCAUCCAAAUCAACUACAAUUAGAUACAAGCUAUUCAUUAUAUAUCAAAACCAUUAAAAUGUACCCAGACUUAUUGAAUGAAUUUACCAAAUCAUCAUUAAUAAUAACAUCAUUGGGAUUCGCAUUAAUCGGUGUUCAAACAUUAGAACAGACCUCAGAAUUGAUCCAAAUUUUAGUUACACUAUGGGAAAAACAUUCACAAAUUCCAUCAAUCGAAAAUGCAUGCUUAGUAUUCAAAACUAUACAAAAUGUUAUAAACACUAAAUUCAAACAAGAAAAUUUCUCGAACAUCGAAGAGUUAACAAUGGCAUUGAUAGCAUGGAUUCGUUGUCUUUCAGAUGAAAUUUAUAGCUUAUUUUAUAGUUCAAAUACAAAUUCAAGAUUCCUUUGCAUGUUUAUUGGUUCAUCGCUAAUUCAUUCUAUUAAAAGAAAUAAACGUAGCUCAUUAAUUCCAGAAUAUGAAAAAAAAGAAGUCAUUGGCAAAAUUCAAGAGUUAUUUUAUACUUUAGUUAAUCAACAUACUUUUCUUUUAAAACCUUUUAAAAUUGGUUUAGCAACUGCCUACUCUCUUAGCUCAAUCGAUCCAUUCACCGAUAAGCAGGCAAACCAAUCAAUUCUAAUGAUUGUCCUAGAAGUUUUAUUAGAUGAAAUUUUAUUAAUUAAUAGUUCAUUGGUAAAUUGGUUAGAAAAGCCAAACGAAAUCAAUGCUGUAAUAAUUAAAAAGAUCGAAUCCCAUAAAACCACACCAUUGUUUUUAGGAAUACCACCAUUUAUUCAAACUAUUAGUUCACUUGUAAAUAAUCUACGUGAUAAUGAUAACAAUAAACUGGUAUUAUUAAAACUAUGUGAUUUUACAUACGCUUUAAAUGAAAAGUGGACCAAUUAUGUAAAUGAAAUAUCACCACCAAUUCCAAAAUCAAUGUUAAGAAAAGCGUUAGAUCCAACUUUUCAAGCAAUUUUCCAAUCAUUAUCAUUACUAUUUUUCGAAAUUUCUCCAGCUUUGACCCCAAUGGACAGUGUUACCGGCAUUGACCUUUUCUGUAAAUUAACAUUCCUUAGUACCGAUGAAGAGAUUCAAACCAUCAACAAAGCAGUUAGAGCAUUAGCAAAGAAUGUACUUACCUCCGAAUGUGCAAUAAUUAGAGUUAUCGAUAAGAUGCCAUUGUAUUAUCAAGUAUUAAAAGAUGAUAGAGUGGCCAUACUUCAAGUCGUAUUAUAUUUACAUGCACUAGAUAUUUUAAUACCAGGUGUCCCACAUAAUCUCAUAGUUGAACAUAUUGUACCAAAUAUAUUCGAAUACAUGGAGUAUCCAAAUAGUAGACUUAAUUCUUUAUCACACUCUGUAUUGGCUAAAAUAUUUAUGAUUCCAAAUUUCCAUCUAUCAAUUAAAAUGGUGCCAAUGUAUUUAAGAACUGCUUUAAAGACCUUCCCAAAAUUCACAAAGGUAUCAUCUUUAUAUGAAGUUUUGGUUGCAAUCAUUGAAAGUAAUCCACCAACCAAUCCAAUAGUAUUAUACUCAAUUAAAACUAUUGUACAAAAUACAAUUGAACAUAUGAACCAUACAGAUGGUUUAUUAGAAAGUAAUAAUAGAAUCAAUAAUAAUAAUGAUAAUAAUAAUAAUAAUAAUAAUAAUAAUACAACUAAAAAUAGUAAUAUAGGUAAUAUAAAUCACUCAUUUAAAAAACAAAAAGAUAUAAACCCAACAAAUAAUCAAUCAUUAAACAACUCUGCAAAAAGUUUGAUAAAGUUAUUAUAUUCACUAUUCUUAUAUUUAGAUAUUCAAAUAAUAGAUUUGGUUUUAGCAGAAAUUAAAAAAGUAAUUAUUAAAGCACCAAAUCAAAAAAUUCGUUUUGAAUUGUGUCAAGAAUUACUCACCGAGUUUACUGGUAAUUUAGAAAACAAUACUAAAAAGAAUAUGUGUGUAUCAUGGUACCUAGAUUUAAUUAAAGAAGUUGAAAAUUUAAAUUCCAAACCAAAUUUAGCCCCCAGCGAUAUUUAAUAAAAAAUAAAAAAUAAAUCAACAAUUUUUUAAUAAAUAAAACAGAAACAUUUUUUAUUUAUCU